AGAAAAUCCAAUAUGGCAGACGUAGCGAACUUAAUGGUUUGGACUGGCGGAUGGGGUUUACCGUCUCUAGAUCCUUGCUGUUUACAAGUCAUGACCUAUCUCAAGUUUGCUGCUUUUCCAGUCAAUUUAAUACGCACUGAUAACCCGUAUAAAUCACCAACAGGAACGUUGCCCGUGCUCAAGUUGACAGACGACAUCGUUUGUGGAUAUGAUGACAUCAACGAGUAUUUAAAACAAAAUCAUAAUGACAUCGAUGGAAAACUCUCAAGUGAACAGAAAUUAAACACGUUAGGACUUGGUUGCUACGUUGAAGAUGCGCUUCGACCAGCGCUGCUUUACAUGACUUGGUUGACGGAGGAAAACUAUCCUCAAUUUACGAGGUCUUGGUACGCUAGGCAACUGAAAUUUCCCUACAAAUACUUCGUCCCGGCGAAGUAUUACAAUCAUGCACUGAACUUCGUAGCGCACAAAUUAAACUUGGAAGAAUCCGACGUGAUAAGCGAUGUAACUUGGGAAAAGCUCAGAAAGCGGGUAGAUUCCUGUUUGGAGAUCUUGAACGACAUUCUUGGUGAUCAGAAUUUCCUUUUCGGUGACAGACCGACAACUUUGGACGCUAAAGUGUUUGCUUACUUGGCGAUAAUGUUGAAGAUACCUUUGCCCAAGAAUAAAUUGAAAUCGCAAAUUCUCGAGUAUCCAAAAUUGGAAAAAUACUGCGAUAAAAUAGUGCAGCGCUUCUUUCCCGAAGUGCCACAAGAUUUGGCGCCCGCAAACAAGGCAUUAGAUGAGGCAGCAGAAUCCCGUCGCACCAAGAUCAACGCCGCACUAUCGAUUGGUUUCGCUCUCGUGUCUAUGCUCUUCUAUUCCCUAUCUAGCGGUAUCAUAAGCUUGGAAGUCAAAGAAAAAGAGUCACGUGACAAUAGUCACGUGCAGCACAACAUCAAAUCACGUGGGCCGUAAGAGAAAUGUGCAAGAUUUUUAACGGUUCGUAGAUGGUUUGCCCACGAAUAAGGAAAGGUUUGUUCACCGACCGCUGGGUUCGUUGAUAAAGGCAACUCGUUUGACUCGUAAAAACUUUGUUUGAAAUUAUAAUUAUUGUAUUGGUACUUGUUAAAUUACAUUGCAAAUAUGUACUUCAAAUGUCUAGUUAUAAUAAAAGAACAGUAGUUUAA